ACAAUCUGUGAUGGCAAUUUGGCAAUAAUAGUAUAGUAAUUGGUCGUCACUUUGUCGAUUAUUCUCGAAAUUUUCAUAAAAUCUAUAUUUGUGUGUUGCUAUCAGGUGUUUCCAAUCGAAAUAUUUUUACUACAGUAGUAUAAUCAAUUAAUGUAAAUACAUAAAUCAUUGUUCUAGAUUGCAUCAUGUUGUCCCGAAUGUGUAUGGCUCGAUCGGCGUUCAAUGUAACGCACACGCUAAAGACUCCUGUUCCAAAGCAAUUUGUACCCAGGAAUUACGCUGUUAGAAACUAUGCUCGCGAACCCCGGUCUAGAGUUGCUUCCAGAACACAGCCCACCGUCUGGGAAAAAUUAAUGGCACCAGCUGGUCCUAAUGCUUUCAGCAUAGGCAAGGGAGCCCUUGCUGGAGCCUCAGCUGUGGGCCUAGUAGCUCUGUGCUACUAUGGCUCGGGAGUCAAACCUGGCACAUUACAAGAAGCACAUUUGUGGCCACAAUAUGUUAAAGACAGAAUUAAGGCAACUUAUGGCUACAUCGCUGGAUCACUGGUACUUACCGCUGGUAGUGCUGUGACUGUCUUCAGGACCCCGGCGCUGUUAAACUUAGUGGCGCGCAGUGGAUGGAUGUCUAUUAUAAUGACAAUGGGCCUGAUGAUUGGCUCGGGUAUGGUGGUACGUGGUAUGGACUACCAACCUGGAUUUGGAGCUAAGCAACUAGCAUGGAUUGUUCACACAGGUAUCAUGGGAGCUGUAAUAGCACCCAUAUGUUUCCUUGGCGGGCCAAUACUUAUGCGUGCUGCAUGGUACACAGCUGGUGUUGUUGGUGGUUUGAGUACAAUUGCCGUUUGUGCGCCGUCAGGUGAAUUCCUUAACAUGCGAGCGCCUCUCGCCAUGGGUUUGGGGGCGGUGUUUGCUGCAUCUCUAGCUGGAAUUUUUUUACCACCCACAUCUGCACUAGGAGCAGGUCUCUAUUCUCUAAGUUUGUAUGGAGGUCUGAUUAUAUUCAGCGGAUUUCUGCUAUACGACACACAAGCGAUUAUCAAACGAGCGGAGGUGCAUCCAAUGUAUGGAUUCCAGCCCUACGAUCCAAUUAAUUCGGCGAUUUCGGUGUAUCUAGACGUUCUUAAUAUUUUUAUGCGCAUCGCUAUGAUCCUGUCUGGAGCUGGAGGCAAUAAAAGGAAAUAAACUAAAAACUCGAAUGUUAGUCAAAUAUUACAUGCUCCGUAAUUAAUAAAACCUUAGUGUAAUGAAUUUUUGGAACGAUAAUAAAACAAAUCAUGGAUAAAUGAAAUCAUAAAUAUGGUUCUUGUCGUUUCCCCAUUUGUAAGACUUGUGAUAUUAAUGCGUAGAUUUUAAGUUUCGUUAAGUAUUUUUUUUUGCAAAAAUUCAUUGUUAAUAUAAAUUUAGAUGUUAAUAAAUUAACAAGAUUA